AUGAAUGAAAUCAAAGGAGAAAGUAGCAGCGUUCGUCAAAACAUUUUAACGAGAAAGGUUGAAAAUAAUCGUGCAUCAAAUGUUCGAUAUCUUUAUGGACUCGAGCCAGGCUUAUUUUCAUUAUAUUUUGCAUUCAACUUGACAAAUGCCAUCUUACAAAAUCAACUGCUGAAGCAAACGUGCUUGCAACUUGGAUAUAACUUAACAAUCUGUUCUAAUCUCAAUACAGAUGAAUUGACUAAAGCAGUUGAAGAAGAAGUUCAACCAUAUGUUGCCAACAUAAACUCAUCAAUUUUGUUAUUGAAUUCAAUUUCUCCUGCCCUGUUCAGUUUAUUGUUGGGUUCUUGGAUGGAUAAAUUUGGUCGCAAGAAGAUUUUGAUGAUGUCGUUCACUGGAUACACCUCAACAUUAACUCUGAUUGCGAUAUUUUCUUUCAUCUCCGAUCAUGUGACACCACUAAGUCCAUGGUGUUAUUUUUUUGCCGAAUUUCCGAUGUGCUUUUUAGGUGGCUGGCCAACACUUGACAUUGCAGUUUGCUGCUAUGUGACAGAUUUAAGUGAUGAGAAAAAUCGUUCAUUCCGAUUAGGAUUCAUCACUUUUCUCAACUUUCUUAGCAAUGUGUCAGCAUAUUCGUCAUCAAGCUUUAUUCUCGAAGCUACAAAUGCAACUUUUGUGUUUGCAAUUUCAUUUUCAUGCGCAGUGAUUGCUUUUAUUUAUACGAUAAUUUUUGUGGAUGAAUCAAUUCAAGUGCCACAAAACGUUAAAGCAAUUGAACAAAUUAAAGAAGUUUUUUCUUAUGCGAGAAUUCAAGAAAUUUAUUUUACAAUCACCAAAAAGCGAACGAACAAGGAAAGAAGAAUGAUGUGGAGUCUGAUGGUGAUUGUUGUUCUUGUGGUGUUCACGAUGCAUGGAAAUGGAACUGUAAAUUAUCUUUUCGUUCGAGAGAAAUUCGGAUGGGCUUUAAGAGAAUGGACCGUCUUCGAUUCAACCAACACAGUUAUCACUGUUAUUGGAUUAUUAAUUGGAUUAACAGUGCUGAAGAAAUAUUUCCAAAUAUCGGACAUGUCUCUUGGAGUUCUAGCUUUGAUAUCGUCAAUUAUUGAUGCGAUAUUUAAAGCUUUUGCUACGAAAUCAUAUCAGUUGUAUUUGUCAUCGGUGUUUGGAUUAUUCCGACUUCUUUCUACUCCCGUCUUUCGAUCCAUUAUGUCAAACAUUCUGCCACAUGCUGAAAUUGGAAAAAUCUUCAGUGUGACUACAUCUUUUGAAGCUUUGAGUGGUCUUGGAGCUGGGCCAUUGUAUUCGAGUAUCUACAAGAAAACACUAACAACGUUCCCUGGAGCAUUCCAUUUGAUAACUGCAUCAGUAUUUGCCUUUAAUCUGUUGUUAUCCUUCUUCGUUUAUAGAUGGAAGAAAUCACGUGAUAUUUCUAUGCUACAACUUUAA